AUGGAUCGCGUCGCCUCCACUUCGCGCAUCCCUGGGCCGGCUAGCGGCUCGGAGCGAAGCAGCGGGACGAGUGGGGUUGGAAGUAAUUUAACGGCUGGUACGGGUGGAACGAGUGGUGCGAAUGGUAGUGCAGAUGCCAGUAGCGCUAGCGGAAAGCUUAGUCUUAAAAUCAGCACUGCUGCCGCUGAGGGUCUGAGCAGCGGAGCUGCGCUCAGCUCGAAGUCAGCAGCUGCUUCCGGUAAGAACGCCCCUCGAUUUAAGUACAAGCGCACACCGUCACCACGCGCCUUGCGGGACGGCUCCCCCCGAAGCCGUCGCCCCGCCUCCCCCCGACGCGCCUCCCCUAAGGGCCCUCCGCGCACCCUAGGCGCAGCGGAGAAAUGGGCGGCGGCGCUGGCGCAAGAGCGCAUUCAAAGGUCCCUCCAGCCUGCGGAUGAUUCUGGGUUUCUUUCGGAGCCUGAAGGGGGGGGAAUGCGCGCAGCUUUACGCGCACGGGCGCAUGGGGGAAGCGCUGGCGUUGCAGGCGCUGCCGCGAUCCGCGCAUUGACGGCGCAGCGGUUUGCGACAGAAGCUGCGCAGUUGCGAGGAUUAGAGCAGGCGUUGGCGCGAGCGGGCUCCUCUGCAGCGGCCGUUAGCGGGAAUGGCGGAAAAGCGUCGGCUACUGCGGGUGAACAAAAGGCCGCGGGUUCAAGUGUCACGACUGCAGCGAAAGGCAGCAAUCUGAUGACGCAGCUGCUCCACUCAAGCACACUUGCUUCUAUCACUGCAACAGGCAUGGGAGGGGCAGGUUCCUCGAAUCAAACGAGCCAGCUUUCCAAGCCUGCAGUAGCUACAGUCUACCACCUCCGCACGCAACCCGCAGGAGCGCCUGCGCUACAGCUCUCCCCGCUCUUCCUUGCGUACCUCGAAGCUUCCAAAAAGCUUCACGGAUACAGCGUGUUCGAGCUCUCGUGUCAGCUAUCGUCCGUCCACCUCUGGCCGCAAUCGGCGGCGCAAUACAAGGGGGUCGCAAUGCGCCUGCUGCACGCGGGGGGGGCUCCGCAGCAACGCUCCGCCGCGCGCCCGGCGGGGGGGAAAGGCGCGGACUGGGAGGCGCUGCAGCGGAGCCCGCUGCUGCAGUUCUACGUGUUCUGCCGCCAGAUGCUCCUCGAUCUCCUCGCCUCCUCCGCCGCUGCGCUCGACGUUUGCCCCCUGGCGCGCGCUGACGUGGCUGAGACGACUGACGUGAAUGCGAAUGGGAAUGCGAGCGCGAAGGCAGCGUUUUCGGGCAUUGCGCUGUCGUUCGCGCGCAAGCUGUCGGACCUGCGCUGCCUCCAAGCCGCCAUGGGCUUCUGUUCCCGCUGCCGGAAAGUCUCCGCUCCUCGCGGCGAUGCUGCGUGCGUUUGCGCAUCUGACGGCGGGAAUCACGGCGUGUCCUCUCCGCAACUCGCGGAGAAGUGGCUGGCGCUCUGCCGUGGACGAGCGGAGACGGAAAGUCCGGCGGAGAUAACGGCGGAUGGGGGAAAAAAGGUUAACGGCACAGGCACGAAAAGCGCGGGAAGGGCUGCUAUUGGCUCGUGGGAGAGCGAGGGCGCGGAGAUGUUGGAGGUGGUGGCUCGAGUGAUCACAGCCGUCCGAUCUCAGGAAAUCAUCGGCAAGUUCAAAGAGCGCAUGGCGGAGAUCGACGGGGCGGAGAGCUCAGGCGGAGGGGAAACGGGGAGUGCUCGCUCAGUGGAGGCGCAGGCGGUGAAGGAAGCGGAAGAGCGCGUGACGGGAGCGCUGGAGCGCGCAUGGGUGGGGGGCUGGGAGGAGAGCGAGGGGGGUCAGGGGGAUGGCGGUGGAGGAAGCGGAAACCUGGUGCCCGUGAUCGUGCCGUGCCGCGCCCAUACUGCCUCUUCCGCUUCCUCCGCCCCUUCCGCCUCUUCCGCUUCUUCCGCCUCCUCCGCGUCGUCCGCCGCAUCGCUGCAGCUGCAGCUCGUAAUGCUGCCCUUCGUUCUGCCCCUCUCUAAGCGCGAGCAGCGCCAACCGCAGCAGCAGCUCUCCCACACGAACAUCCGCGCUCAGCCAACCAAAAGCGGCCACGUGUUCCCGUCGCAGCCGCGUGACGUGGCGCGCUGGCUCGUGCACAUGGCGUGCGUCGACGCCUCGUUGCGCCACAUGGCAGCUGCUGACGUGGACCGCGUCCUCUGGGCGCUGGAGCGGGGCGUGGCCCUCGUGACAGGCUCGACCGCCAAUCGCCCAGGCUCGGCAGCAGGCUCGGCAGGCGGGAGGCUCGGAGAGCGAGAGAGGCUGCUGAGGAUGCAGCAACAGGUAACUUCUCUGGUAACUCUGGUGCUGGAACCGCAAAUCCCGGCGUCCUUGGCGCCUGCUGCUGCGGGUGGUGGUGCAGGUGGUGCUACGGGUGGUGGCGGUCGGAAGGCGAUAGAAGCGGCAAGCCUUGGAAGUCGCAAUUCUGUGGGCAAUGCUUCGUCUGCUCAGGCUGCUGCCGUUGCUGUUGCCCCCGUCGCUGCUGCAGACGCCGCUGCACCUGCUGCUUCCCCUGGUGAUCCUCCCGCCGCCGCAGCCGCCGCCGCUUCAGUGGUGCUUGUGCCGACCGAAUGUGACUAUAGCGACGGUCCUGAAGCAUCGGGGAAGGAGGAGGAGGCGAGCGAGGGCGCGCAGUUCGGCAUGCCGGUAGAACUGCUGCCGUCCAAACUCGCUGCCUUCGCUGCCAUCGGCCUGCCUUCCGCCCCUCUUGCUGCCGCCGCAUUCGCUGAUAUUGGCCUUCCCCCCGCCUCCGCUGCUGCGAGUGAGGAGGCGGAGAGUGAGGAGUGGCACGACGCGGAGGAAGGGGGGGAGCAGGCGGAAGAAGGGGCGGGGGAGCAGGUGGGGAUUAAGGUGGGAAAAUCGGAGGGGGAGGGGAAGGAGCAGGCGGAGGGGAAAGAGCAGGGGGAGAAUGGGGAAGAGGUGAAGGUGAAGAGCAAGAGUGGUAGCGAUGAGGCGCGGUCCAGUGCGGUGCAAGGCGAUGUUGACGCUCAGAAGUCCCUCGUUUGCGUUUCAGAAGAGGGGGACGCUGCAGGGGAGGUGAGAGCAGAGGAACGCGAGACGGAGAGAAAGGAGGAGAGUGGGAAAGUGGGAGAGGAGGAAGUGAAGAACGAGGAGAGGAGGGAGGGAGAGAAGAGAAGCACAGAGGAGGGAGGCGGCGAGCAGGAGGAGGUGCUGCUGGCGCAGCUGGCGGCGCUGAUGCCGGCGGAAGGGACGUGCGACCGAAGGAGCGAGCAGACAGGCGGAGGAGGGGACGCAGGCGGAGGUGCCGUGGCGGCUGAUUCGCAAGCAGGCUACGGAAAAACGAUGACAGCGCAGAUAGAGGAGGAGGUUCCGGAGGCGAGGGGGGGAGGAAAGAAUGUGGCGGAAAAUGAAAGCGGAGAGGGGGGAAAGCGCGGAGGGGCGCGCAAGUGGAUGGACGUGGGGGACAUGGUUGCGCUAUGCGAGAAGGGGGCGGACUCCCUGCCUGCGCUGCUCGCUUGCGCCUCCCCGCCCAUGUCCCCGCGCGCACGGCCCGCCGUCCAAUCGUCCUCCGCCACGUCAUCACCCGCCUUCCGCGCGCAGCUGCCGUCAGCAGCGCUGGAGUGGCGCGGAAAGGCCGCCGGAUCUUCCGCGUUUGCUUCCCCCAAGGCUGCGCCUGCAUCACUCUCCGCGCUCGCUUCCCCCAAGGCUGCGCCAACUGCGUUCACGUCGCCAGCACUGGGCGCAGCUGCUGCCGCCAGAGCUGCCGCCGCCGCCGCCACUGCCGCCGUCGCGCGCAGCAAGGAUGGGCGCGCGGGGGGCGCGGGGGGCGCGGGGGGCGGCGAGAGCAACACUCACAUGCCAUCCUCAUCGUCAGCAGCGCACUCGCCGCUGCUCUCGCGCAUGCAGCAGCGCGUGACGGCGGAGGGAGCCGCGCAGGGCUCCCCGGAUGCCGCCAGGAUGCGCGCUGCGGAACUUCCGCCACCGCUGGACCUCAGCUGGUCGCAUGACGUCACAACUCCCGCUGCUGUUACUGCUGCUGGUGGUGGUUCGGAUGGUGCGUUAGGAAAGGAAGAUGCGGGCAACAACCUGGCUCCCAGUGUGGCAGCAGCAGCAGUGGCAGCAGCAGCAGCAGCAGCAGCAGCAACACCAGGGGUCAGUGCUGCCACUGACGACAGCAGCAGCACUGGCAAGGCCAAGGUGAAAGAGGGGAAGAGUCAGAAGAGCGAGCAGACUGGCACACCUGGCACCAAGCCUGAAGGGGUGAAGCUCACCAGGGGUGGUAGGGGAGGGAGUCGGGAAGCUGCUGAUGGUGGCAAUCGCGGUGGUUGGAGUGACCAUGAGGCAGAAAGCUGCGAUGAAGCAGCCCCCAGGGAGCACAGGGCACCCACCCCUGCACGUCCCCGGCGCUCCUCCCCCUCGCACACCUCCUCGCACCACUCUCCACACCUCUCCUCCCACCUCACCGCACAGGCUGGCGCCACUCCUCGCCAUCCCCGCUCCGCUGCUCCCUCUGCCAAGGCGUCCCCUGCUCAGAGCAGCAGCAAGGGCUCCCCUGCUGUCCCCUCUGUUUCCUCUGCCAGACUCUCCUACUCCACCCCGCCGUCACCCGCACGGUUCGGCCUCGUGCCCCCGUCCCCCACGCACUCCCUCGUUUCCUCCACCUUCGCCCGAAUCCCCGCGUCUCCCGGCCGGGAUCUGUUCGGCGGGUCAGCAUUCAGCAAGGAGCGAAAGGUGGAGCACGGUACAGGGCAUGCAGGUGGAAUCGGAGCAGAGGGCGUGGGGAAGCUGUCAAAGGUGCCAGAGGAGCCAGGGGAGAAGGCAGGAGGGGAGAAGGUGAAGGACUUGAAGCAUAGCGUUUCACAAGCGACUCCUUUGUCUAGGGGGCGUCAAACCUGGAUGCGAGACUUUAUGCAUAAUUGGCGCUGUAGCGAGUUCUUGGGCUCGGUGGCUCGUCGUUAG